AUGGCAAAUUAUCACACCAAACUCAGAAGCUACGGUGUUCCUGAGGUGAUGUGCAAUGCACUGAAACGCAAGAGCCCUGCGGACCAGAAGUCAGCAAAAGGUGUAAAAAAGCCUCGAAAGGCAGAGGUAAACUACCUCCCCCCUUACCCAGCAGGAGAGGAUGAAGAAAGUCAAGAACAAGAGAGGAUUAAGUUGCUUACUGAAGUAAAAAAAAAGGACAACAACAAACUGAUAAAAGAAACAAUGUCAAAAACAUUUGCACACAGAAGAAACGAAAUCGUCAACCUAUCGCCCAGCAUAGAGGUCAUCAAAGCCAGAUGGCCCGCUCUGUUUGAGGCAUCUCAUAUUGAGGACGAGUUUCAAAGAAUCACAAGGGUGCACCUGGAAUCAAAGUUCAUGUCCAAGCUGGAUGAAUAUACUCCCAAGCUUCUGAACCUCUUCCAGUCCAAGGGAGGGACCAUGGGGUUGAGGUUGCAGGCUAUUCUACUCAAGGCUCCAAGCAAUCCUAGCAUCAACGUAUCCAGAGAUGUUGUCAUUCGUUGUUUGAUUGUUUACCUCGGGGAAUCAACAGAUCAAAUCUUAAAAGAGUAUGAUGAUGCUGAUGAAGACAGUGUGUCGCAGGAUCUUGCUGACCAAAAGAUGAAGAUCUUCAAGAUUAAAACGUCAGAGGGUGCCGACAAAGUUGGUAUUGUGUUGGAAAGCGUAACAGUUCUGAUUGGACUGACAAAUUUUCCAAGGGCUUGCUCCAUGCUCGUUGGACUGACAUAUGCAGUGAAUCUUGCCUAUCCUAAGGAGCUCAGGUACACUUUCGAAGCCUUCCAGAAACUCUUCCUGUAA